CACCAAUGUCUCUCUUUCUCUCUCAGUGAUCGUGGUAGCAUAACUGUUGGUUGGUUGGGACUCUGCAACGAUUGAUCAUGGCUUCCUGCUUUCGGUGUUUUAAUGAAGAGAGAGCUGACACCACAGGUAUUGUUUAAAGUAUUUCUGAUGUGUAUGGGUUUGUCUCUAUUUUCUUUUUUAGUAUAAUUGGCUAGCACUACUGAGCCAAAACUGAUUGAGCUGAUUGGCGUAUAUGUCUACUCUUUCUCACAUUUCUCUUUCUCCUUUGAUUUUCUCAUAUGUUGGACCAGAACCAAAUCCACUUGGGUUUAGGAAAUAUAAGUAUGAGGAACUAUCACAGGCAACCCAACAUUUCUCCAACGCAACAUGCCUUGGCUCAGGCGCUUUUGGUGAAGUCUUCAAAGGAACAAUAGAUGGACAAGUCGUUGCUGUUAAGAAAAUUAAAUAUAAAAUGGAAGAACAGCAACAAAAUAAAGUAGAGGAGAUUGAGUACCUUAAAAGAGUGAGUCACCCAAAUGUUGUUAAGAUGAUUGGCUAUUGUGAUGAAGGUGCUGAUAAAUUGCUUGUCCUGGAAUUUGUUCCCAAUAGGACCUUGAGAUAUCAUUUAAAUGAUGAAGAGAACAUUUUGAAGUGGUCAAAAAGAAUGAAAAUCGCUAAAUACACUGCGUAUGGGUUGCAUUAUCUACAUGUAAAUUGUAAACCUAAAAUUAUACACCGAGAUAUCAAGACAGAUAAUAUUCUUCUUAACGAAAAAUUUGAACCAAAGGUUGCAGAUUUCUCCCUUGCCAAGUUUUUACCAGGUGCCAAUAAUGUUAGCCAUAUCACCAGUGUAUUGAGAGGAACUAACGUUUAUGCAGAUCCAGAGUAUGGAAAUAUACAAAAAGUGUCUACGAAGUCAGAUGUCUAUUCCUUUGGCGUUAUGCUUUUAGAACUAAUUACGGGAAAGAAACCAUUAUUUGGUGAAAAUAACAAUGUCAAUAUCGUUCAUUGGGCAAAAUCUCGGAUUGAAGAAGCUUUGAAGAAUAAGAAAUAUAUAGAUUUUGUUGAUUCCAGAUUACAAGGGGCUUACGAUGAAAGAGAAUUACACAAAAUAAUUUCUUGUGCUGCAGCUUGUGUAUAUCAACCUUCAGCUUCUCGACCAAACAUGAGAAAGGUAAAGAUUUAUGCAACUUAUAAAAAUAGUUAUAAGAUUUCACCAUAUCUAUAAGUUAAUAAAAUUAUCAUAGGCAAAAUAAAUAAAUUACCUCAUACAUAUAUUUUUUUCACUGGUGACAUUUAAAACUUCCAUAUAUAUAUAU